GAUGUUUGUGAUUCAUUGAAAAGAUCCGAUUCAAAAGAAUGAUUCGUUCUCCAAUCUGACAUCACUGAUUGUGCUAGACACAACUGAACACAGCGGUGUACGUUGCUUUGAUAAUUGUUUUUUUUUUUUUGGCUGGGACAAAGGAUUUCAACGCCACUUUGGAUUUUGACAGUGUUGUGGGCAGCUCUCCACCUUUAAAAAUGGUUCAGAAUUACAAGCAGACGUCUGGAGCCUGUUCCCCAACAAACACUGAGGAACUACUCACACCAGCACAUGAGGAAAAUGUGCGAUUCAUUCACUACACUUGGCAGCGUGUCAUGAGAGAAAUGCAGACUUGCCAGGGAAGUGAAAACAAUAACCAGGGACCUCAGAAGUAUGUGGAGAGGAUGCCAAACCCUGCACUAAGCUCUUUUACACCAGUGGACUUGAAUGAUGUGAAAAGGAAAAACACACAAGACUCCAAAAAGUCUUCAUGAAACAAUUGGAUUUAUCCAGCAUAAAGACUAAUACAGCACAGAUCUCAUGCCUGGUGCACUGAUGUUAUUCAGGCCUUUAUUUGCCGAUCCCUGAUAUUUUUUUUAAUUAUCAGUGUUGUUCACUGAUAACUUUGUCCUGUGUUUAAGGACAAAGUGCUGCUUUAAAAAUGUUUUUAGAAUUUCCAUUGAUUUUCAUAUAGAGUGCUGCAGUGAUGAUGUGUUUUUGUAGGCAACAAAUGCCUGGAUUUAUUCACUGGCUUUUGAAUUAUUGCAGAAAACAAGCUCUGUGGCCAAUACAAAUAUUAUUAUUAUUAUUAUUAUUACAAGUUUUGUUUAUAGUGAUCAUUAUCACAAAUGAGCACAACUUAGAUGUAGAGUAGAUUUCCUGAUCAGUGUGAUGUUUAAUGACCCAGAAAUCCUCCUUUAGCCAUUUUGUUGGCUCUUUUUUUUUUCUCAAGACAAAUAGAUUUUUUUUUAAAAUGCAUGGGGGUAUUACUGAUGUAUUUUAUGUUGUAGAAAAAAGCUUGUUCCUGUGUUACCUUAUUUCAGGCAUUUGCCAAAAACCCAUUCAGAAUAAUGGGAAUCAGAAAUUCCAACUCGUUUCUGGGAUUUGGCCUAGAAUAUGUCAUCCCUACAGCACUCUAUUUAUGCUAAUGUAAACUAGCAUACAUGUCAAAAAGCAUGUCUUUUUGAUGUAUGAUUUUUAAGUCAGACCAACAAAAUAAUUUAUUUAACUAAACAAAAUGAAUUUUUUUUUUUUACUAUUUUCCAGUAGAGUUAUUCCAUGUUGCAAGAAAACGGAAAAGAUUGGAGUAAGAUUUGCUCAUAGGUAACCUACUGAAACUUAUGUCUAGAGGUUUGUUGAAAUUUCUUGUAUGUGAAUAAAUUCAAGGAAGGGCCAAUCAUAUCUAGUUGUCUGUGAUUGAGGGUAGCAUUUAGGGAAAUGUGCUAUACAUUUAAAUGUAUGCUUUUAAAACAUUUUAAUCAUUUAUUUUUUUAGUUUAUUUAGGCUUACAAUUUGAAUUUGCCAUUUUUAUGAUUUGCAAAUACGAAAAUUUGGUACUUUUUUUUUUUUAUAAAUGUUGGUUGUGGGGCAAUUUGAGUCAAUGGUUCAACUGUCCUGCAACCUCUGGUAUAUAACACUCUCUGGUAUGUAAAAUAUUAUUUUCAUGUAGCACCUUUCCUCCCAAUAAUGAAUAUGUUGUUUCUGAAAACAUUGUUUGCACAUAUAAACAUACAAUGUUUAUUGAAAUAAUAUUUGAAUUCUAUUUUUUAUUCUUUUGCCUGGUUCCUUUAACAAGCAUUAAAACUCACUGUCCACAAAUUUGCAUGAUUACUUUUGGUUUUACUAAUGUAAAAAAUGGUUCUCAAAUAUUAAAACGCACUAAAUACCAUCUAUUUGGUUUACAGUUGUCUGCAAGAAAGGUACAGCACAAAGAUUUGGAAUAGAUCAAUGCAUUAUUGAAUUAUCACUGUGUGCAUAACGCUAAUGUUUUCACUUGGAAAUAGUUAACCCAUCCUGGGCAAGGAUGUGCCAAUGCCACUUUUUUGAAAGUCAUAUUUCAUUAUAUACAAGCUCUAUUUCAGUUUCUCUAAUUGUUCAAUAUUGCUUUUGCUGCAUUGGUUUAUCUCAAUACCUGUACCAGUUGUACAACUGGUAACCAAUUCAUCUUACUCCACUCUUUCCAACCAUUGCAUAAACCACAUAAUAAAUGGUUUACUCAUAUAGCAUGUUGUUUAUGCAACUUAAUAUAAUAUAGUUGGUAGUUUAUUAAUAUCUGCGCUAUAUCAGAAUUUAAGUUUUUUUUUUGUUGUAAAUAAUGAUUUAGUAUAUACUUAGUAAUAAGAUCCACUGUGGUGCCUUUGUUAUUAAUUAUUUUAUUAUUUCAGGAAUGAUUUUAAUUAAGAAUUACCAUACGGCUUACAGACAAUCAGGGCAAAUAAAUUAAUUCUCAAUUGUGGACAAAUAUGCAUGUUACAUUUUAAAGUCAACUCCAUCUGUUAACAAAGAAUGGUUGACUAUUAUCCCAAAAUAAUUAAUGAAGGUAAAAGAGAGUUGAUUAAAUUUAAUAAAAAAGAAAAAUAUUUUAAAUUGUGGGAAUUUCAUGUCAAGUUAUUUAAGAUAUGCACAAAUGCAUACCAUUGUAAGUGUCCUGUGACAUUCUGUACUGUGUUCAUAAUUUAAAAUGACUGUUCGUUGGACUGCAAAAUGCAAUUAUUUUAUCAGUGAUAUCAGCUUCUUUGUACAAAACCAUACCAUGUGUUUUUAAAAAUGUUUUCAUUUUGUGGGAUAUUUAAUCACAAAAUUCUACAUUUGUAGGAUGUAAAAUAUACCAUUGUACAAUAAACAAACAAAAGAAUC